UCGCUUUAUAUUUGUUCGACUAGCUCAUGAUCGUGACAUUCAAGCUUUACUUGUCCUACACACAAGUAAUACUGCGGUAGACAAAAUGGAGAUGAAACAUCUCUGUCUUCUUCUGAUGUUCGUUAGUUCAGCUGUUGCUGCCAAAAAUGGAAUGAACAGGCCAAUGGCUGGGGGUCUUUUCGACCCUCCUGACAUGACUUCGGUCCCGCAAGAAGUUGUGGAGAAUGCGCUGAUGAAAUUUGAAAGUACGAGAGAUCGUCUGGAAUCGAGAUAUGGUUACAGUUUGACCAAACCUUCAGUGACGCAAGUAAAAUCUCAGGUCGUGAGAGGAAUGAUGUACCAUGUUACACUCAUUGCUGGAUCAAUAACAAGCCCAAAGGACUUCAGCUCUGUCCGACCAGCCGCUGGGAAGGAUUUCAUCCAGUGUACCGUCAGAGUUUGGAGCCAGCCUAUGAUGAAUUCUGAGAGGCACCUAUCUGUCGAAGCCCAAGAACUCAGUAUCACGGAUGAUUGUCAAGCAGCAGAUAUGACAAAAUACAUGGAUGCAUAUCGCGAUCAGUUUGACAAGUUCCUGAUGAAUUUCAAGAGAGGAUACAGAAAGAAUGAUGGCACAAAUGAAUAUGAAUACCGAUUCUUGGUGUUUGUGCAGAAUAUGUUGACUGUGGAGAUGUUGAAUCAGUUUGAGAAAGGAACGGCAAAGUAUGGUCCAACUAAGUUUGCUGAUAUGACAGAGGUCGAGUUCCGCAAUAUCCAGUCCGGCCAUCUGAAGACCACAGGGAUCACCAAGCAGGCAGCCAUUCCUCAGGGUCCAGUACCCCAGGAGUAUGACUGGAGGGACCAUGGUGCGGUCACUCCGGUCAAGAACCAAGGCCAGUGCGGAUCUUGCUGGGCAUUCUCUGCCAUUGGUAACAUUGAAGGGCAGUGGCAGAUCAAGAAAGGACAGCUGAUAUCAUUGUCAGAGCAAGAACUUGUUGAUUGUGACAAGGUUGAUUUCGGAUGUGGAGGAGGGGAGAUGAGAGAUGCUUAUGAAGCUCUCAUCAAACUAGGAGGAGUUAUGACAGAAAGAGCAUACCCAUACCGAGGAGAAAAUGAGACAUGCAAGUUCAACGUGUCUGAAGUUAAAGUGAAGAUUAACGGCUAUGUGAAUAUCUCCAAGAAUGAAACAGAGAUGGCCGGAUGGCUAGCAGCACAUGGACCCAUCUCCAUCAGUAUCAAUGCCCAGAUGAUGCGGUUCUACUCUGGAGGAAUCGCACAUCCUUGGAAGAUCUUCUGCAAUCCCAAUAACUUGGAUCAUGGUGUCCUCAUUGUUGGAUAUGCUGUCAAAGAUGGAGAACCUUAUUGGAUUGUAAAGAACAGCUGGGGUGAAGAUUGGGGAGAAAAGGGAUAUUAUCUUGUUUACCGUGGCGACGGAACAUGUGGGCUGAAUCUGGAUAAUACCUCUUGCAUUGUGGACUAGACUUCACUGGAUAUUGGAUUUUGCAUGAUGUGAAAUACAUUCCUAUCCUGCACUUUUAGUUGUAAGACAAUUAUAAUGGUAUAACUGAAAAUCUUUAAUAAUUAUUAAGUCAGUAAAUUUGAACCUAUUUAUCCAUGAAUUACAUGCUCAGGAUAUUUCACAAUAUGGCACUAAUCAUGGAAGAGAAAAUAGACCAUUAGUAGUCAUGGCUACCAUAUCCUGAUUACUAUCCCUCCUCCACCCCUAGUGGAGGGGGAAGUUAUCUCGGGGUGGGAGAGUUGACCAGGCCGGGGCAUUGGUGAAUGUCCUGGGGUAGUUGUAUUAGGGGUGAUUGUCCUGAGAGUAGUUGUCCUAGGGGGUGAUUGUCCUGGGAGAAGUUGUCCUAGGGUGUAAUUGUCCUGGGAGUAGUUCUCCUAGGGGAGUAAUUGUCCUGGGAGAAGUUGUCCUAGGGGUGAUUAUCCUAGUGGAGUUGUCAUGGGGGUAGUUUAGCAGAGGUAGAUGUCCUAGAAUCCAUUUUCUCAUGCAACGGUCUCACUGGCAAACCGACCCCAAACCAACAUAAGCUUCCUGCUCAGGCAGGAGUGCUGGCUCAGCCGGAUUAGCACAAUAGACAUGCUGACAAUUGUGCACAAGUAACGUGGCCUGCGAAAUGUUUGUCAAACCCAGGUGUAUCGCCACUGUUAAGCUUACCAUCGAUCGGUUUGGAAGUGGUUUCGUUUGCAUGACUGUAACAUUGGUAUCAAGUGCCACCAGCAUACAGACAUAUUGAAUGUGAAGCUAAUUUUCUUAGACUAAACUUAUAACAGAAGUUGCACUAUUGAGAAUGCUUGUUUCAUUGGUUUUGCUCCAACAGUAUCUUCAUCUACAGUCAGUUGAACUUUAACUAAUGUUUUGUAAAGUUAGUAACGCUGAAAGGACUGGGCUAUUUUAGACGUAUUAGGUCACCCCCCCCCCCCCCUCUGAUCUAGGCCGCCGUUUGCGCAAUUACGAGACUUCAAAGAAAAAAGUCAUACAAUUUUUCGGCGCCACCUUUCUUCGUUUCGAAAAUAUCGCGCGAAGGGUCGAGGGG